UUUUGGUUUUUUAUUUCAAGAUACUCCUGCUGUUGUUUUUUUAGUUAACGUUUUCGAAAAGGUAUUCACCGUUUGGCCUUUGUGACCAAAUCUUAUGUCCGACUAUUUGUUUGGUGUUUGAAACGUUAAUUUGAUGGAAUAUGGAGGAACUGUAUGAAAAAUUACAUGCCCUAAGGGAUGGUGCAGGAGAUUUCGCUUCAAGUGGGUGCCUACCUCAACUACCGUUACCAGGACUGUUCAUCAAGGACGUUGGAGAUAUCUCUUUACCUGUCCAAGACGAACAAGCCAGAAAGAUUAUCGCUGUCGCAAAGAAAGCCCCCUUUGGCUUAGGGGAGAAGACAAUCAUAGAUGAAAGUGUAAGAAAAAGUUGGGAGCUGAGUCCAGCCGAGAUCGUGAUAAAGAAUCAGCAGUUUGAUCAUGCUGUAAAGACAGUUGUGGAAACUGUAAAGGAGAUUCUUGGUUGUGUUGAUAAAUGUGUCCAAUUAUAUUUAUACAAGUUGCUUCUGUAUGAAAAAGGUGGCCAUUUUAAGCCCCAUCGUGAUACAGAAAAAGAGAAAGGCAUGUUUGCGACAAUGAUAAUCCAACUUCCAUCACUAUUUGAAGGAGGAAAGCUGAUUGUGAGGCAUCAGGGGAAGAUGAGAGAAGUUAAUUUUGAUGGUGAAGAGUCUUUGUAUUGCUGUAAAUACGCGGCCCAUUACAGCGAUUGUGAGCAUGAGGUAACUGAAAUCACGAGUGGAUACAGGCUUGCGCUUGUCUACUCUCUAUGCUGGAGUGCAACUGGUGAACCGCCAUCGGCGGCGGCAAGCCCCGAGCUUAUCCAAAGAAUUGCUGCAAUCAUUCCCACUGUUUGUACCGAGAAACGAAAGAGGUUCGUUUGGUUCCUAGCCCACAGGUAUUCAAGUGCUGGUCUCUCAGGGAAUGGGAAGAGCGCACUGAAAGGCCAUGACGCGUGUGUGGUUAACGUCCUCCAGGCGGCUAAUGAAGUGUUGCCAGACGAAAAGAAGUUCGAGUUUUACGUCGCAGUAGUGACUCGUAGACGUCGUCUUGAGCAACAUGCAUGGGAUUAUGGAUAUAGAGGGCGCUUCGGCAUGUACGGCGAUUUUGAACCCAAUGGCAACGAAUACGAGGAGAUUAUCGUCGAGCGAGAAUGGUUUAAGCUUGAUAGCGGUGCCAAACAAAGAAUGGGGGAAGUCAACCUUGACUUUGAAAAUGAAGUUGUGAAUUAUCGCCGUCCUAGUAACAUGACUAUUGAAGAUUAUAAGAACGAGUUUUGGGGAGAAGCAUCUGAUGAAGGCUGCAUGGGGCCUACCGGCAACGCUGCAACGACCCGGACCUACUGGUAUAAAAAUUACGCUAUUUUCGCUUGGCCGAAAGCAAACACUUCGUAUGUAAUGUGUGAGAGUGGAUACGACGCUGCAGUGGAUUGGAUCGCAAAUGAAUUUUCCCAAGUGAAGCAUCUUGCUGCUGACCAUCCCAAUUACCAAACAGCUUUGGCUAACCUUAGAACUGUUCUAAACCUUCUAAUCUCGAUGCCAGUUUCCCUCAAUAGCAGUGAAGUGUGUUCAAUAUUGUCAAUUCUUGCUGAAUUGCGUGCCGACGCUUCCGAAUUGGCGAAUCUGUUUCUCACGGAAGUCAUAGCAAAGGGCGUUUUUAGUCGAUGGUCUCAUACAAAGGUUCACUAUUGCCUGGGAGACGAUAACAUGAUUCCACCACUCGUUCGCGUUGCUGUUGCUGUUGGCUUUCAGUCUAUCUCUGACGCAGUUUUGAAAAUGUUCAAGCUCAGUCCAGUCUCGCAGUAUGGAAGAUGGGCAGUAUUUCUAAAAAAGCUCCUGGAAAUCAACUGUACAAGUGGGUGCUUCAAGACACUUGUACUUUCUCUUGUUAAUACAGUGGAAUUCAGUUCUCAAAGCAAGACGACAAAUGCUGCAAGUCCUGUUACUUUGAUUACCGAAACAGCCCCAUUAUUAUUCGCUUUUAAAGAUACAGAGAUUCUUAACAAAUUCACUGAUGCUGUUCACGUUUUUUCCGUCCAGUUUCCCAACAGUGCAAUUUUGGAAAAACUGAUAGCAGCCUUAGAGAAUGAGAACUUAGGCGAUAACCCAAAUUGGAUAAAGCUUUUGCAAUGGAGAAUUCGUCAGUUAGAGAAAGUCGAGGGGACAGUAACACAACCAUUUACGUGGAACCAGUAUAAUGCUGUUAUUGAGGGCCAUCCUCAAGUGCAGGCUUUCUUAAGAGGCCCUGAACAAAAAAUGACAUAUCGAGCAUUCACAGGCAUUAGGCAUGCCAGAAAUUGGGCAAAAAACAUACUUUUUGUAUUUCCGGUACAUAUAGCAUUACCGUUACUACCGGUGGAACCGGUCAAAAGUCAUAUGCACUGAUUGAAAAGACAAGAGAAUGGUAUAACGAGAAGAUGGACAGAAUCCAAAACAAACGGAAAGACCUGAGCAAAUUACGAGCAAUGGUUAAGGGCCCAGUCAACACUGACGGGGAUUCAACUAUCGAUGCAUUGGAACCGCCCCUAAAGAAGAAACCAGCGGCUGCCAUAUGUAUUGAUUGAUAACACAGUCAUGUUUCCUUAAUCUCAACUUUUCUGCGGACUGGUUUCAGUCUUGUUUGCUUAAACCAAGAACGUUUCGCAUGAAUUGUUUUCGAAACUUGGAAGAGAACCCACCUCAAUUAAAUUCUUCUUUACAUUUUGUUGAU